AUGGCGUGUUCUGUGUUUAGCUCGGCUCUGGCGGUGCUGCUAUUAGGAAUGGCUGUGAUCUGUGUUCGACAUGGAGAAGCCGAACCUAACGUUAAAGAGGAUGAGAGCUCCUGUCAGGGUGCAUUCGACUUGUAUUUCGUCCUUGACAAAUCUGGAAGUGUCAAAAACCACUGGAUUGAGAUCUACUCAUUUGUGGAACAUCUAGCAGAGAAAUUUGUAAGCCCAAUGCUUCGGAUGUCCUUUAUUGUCUUCUCUACACGUGGAAAUACCAUUAUGAGACUCACUGCAAAUAGGGAUGACAUUUCCAAAGGCCUAAUCAUACUGAAAAGAGAGGUACCAGGAGGUGACACAUUUAUGAAUCUUGGCUUACAGAAGGCAAAUGAGCAAAUAUAUCAUGGAAAUUAUGGAACAGCCAGUGUUAUCAUUGCUUUGACGGAUGGAGAAUUAAAUACACUUCAGUUCAUCACGGCACAGCAAGAGGCACAGAGGGCCAGAUCUCUUGGAGCCAUAGUGUACUGUGUUGGGGUGAAAGACUUCAAUCAAACACAGUUGGCCACCAUUGCAGACACCAUCGAGCAUGUGUUUCCUGUUGUGGGUGGUUUCCACGCCUUGAGGGGAAUGAUUGAUUCAAUAAUCAAAAAGUCAUGCAUUGAGAUUUUGGCUGCUGAGCCGUCAAGCGUCUGUGCUGGAGAGGCUUUUCAGGUGGUUGUGAGGGGAAAUGGCUUUUUGCAUGCCAGGAACAUCAAUCAGGUCAUGUGCAGCUUCAAAGUCAAUGACACAGCCACCUUAAAUAAGAAGCCUGAAAGUGUUGAAGACACACUUCUUCUUUGCCCAGCACCAGUUAUAGAUGAAGUUGGAAAGGAGAUAUAUCUUCAGGUCAGCAUGAAUGAAGGCUUGUCCUAUAUCACCAGUGCAGUGCACAUCACUACUACUGAAUGUUCUGAUGGCACCGUUCUGCUCAUUGCAUUACUGGUAAUCUCCCUGCUCGUGAGUUUGCUGCUGCUGUGGUGGUUCUGGCCUCUGUGCUGCACCGUGGUCAUCAAGGAGCCACCUCCUCCCCCACCACCACAGCCUGAAUCUGAUGAUGAGGAUGGGCUGCCAAAGAAAAAGUGGCCCACUGUGGAUGCCUCAUACUAUGGGGGCAGAGGUGUAGGUGGCAUAAAAAGAAUGGAGGUGCGCUGGGGAGAAAGGGGCUCGACAGAGGAAGGGGCUAAACUGGAAAAGCCCAAAAACGCUGUGGUAAAGAUGCCUGAGCAGGAGUUUGAGCCUCCUGAGCCCAGACCAAAAAGAAAUUCUGGACGGCAUAGCCAACAGAGAAGAUGGUACACUCCUAUCAAGGGGAAACUGGAUGCACUGUGGGCUCUGCUCCGUCGUGGCUAUGGCCAAGUAUCCCUCAUGAGGCCCCAACCUGGAGAUAAGGGCCGAUGCAUCAACUUUACCCGGGUGAAAGAGGAGGCACAUCAGCAACCACUACCUCCUCCACCUCCACCACCCCCAGCAGAGCACCGACCGCUGAUACACCCGUCCACUUCAUCACCUCCAAACAGACCAGCGUCUCCAAACAGACCCCCACCAGCCCAUCCACCAGCGCACCCACCUCACAGACCCCCUCCAGCUCCAACACCCCACGGACUCCCACCAUCCCGGGCACCCCCAAGACCCCCUCCUUCUCGCCCCCCACCCUGUCCUGGGAACCAGUACUGAGAACAAUGUGGAACCUUUAGCACCCUAAAUUAUC